UUGUUGUUGUUGUAUAUGCAUUUUACAAAACAGUUAGAUCUUAUGAAUGUUGAUCCCAUGUUGUUACCCCUGGUUCGUGCACUGCAGAAGUCUCGGAGAAAGUGGCUGGCAAGGAAUUUUCUCUCGCAAGUUAAUUUCUUGAUGACCUUGUUUAAGAAAUUUUAUCGUUGUCGGGUGCAUGAUUAUAAUGUAUAUGCCAAAGAAAAUAGGGAGGAAAACAAGGAGGCAGGAACGUAAUGAGUUCCUCCCAGGAGGCACUGUACUAUUACAUAGUAUGAGUGCGGCUCAUUAGUUCUACCUCCUUUGUUUCUUGUUGUUCCUUCAUAAAUUUAUUUACGGGUUAAUGCAUUUAGAAAUUGGAUAGCAGUAGACAAAAACUUUUGAUAGAGAUUGAUUCCCAAUCUUCAGAGAUAGAGAGGCUUUUCGAGGAAAAUUCUAAUAUCUCAAAUUCUUGUCGCAAACAGUGAGCAUAUCAGCGCACUGGGAGAAUCAGGUGAAAGACUGUCUUAAGCAUAACGAAGAGCUCCGUGGAACUUUGGAUAAGUUGAGAACAGACCAGGCCAAGGGAUUGUCAGAAUCCCAUGAUGGCAGGGCUAAUGACCUUGGUUCAGCUGCAUAUACAACUGAAGUUCUCUCCAUCAAGGUUAAUGACACUGGAUCAACUCGCGAAAGAACAGAGCAGAGCAGAGGCAUUAUCAGCUGAAGUAUUGCAGCUCUCUGCACGACUGCAACAAGCCACCCAAGCAUUCAAUGGGCUUGCACGCCUCAAUAAACCAGUGUUGCGAAACAUUGAGAGCAGUCUCAUCAAGAUGAAACAAGACGGCCCCGUGACUGCGGUGAAUGCAAAGGCAAAUCAGCUCAACCCCCCCUUUAUACUAAACUUGGUUAAAGUAGCACAUUUUUAUUUGUAAAGUCUGAAACCCAUAUGCUCGGCAUUCUUCAUGUAUCAAAAUGUUCAAUAAGUAAAGGAAAAAAAGAGUGUAGUUCGUGUGGAAACUUUUGUGAUUUACGGCUCAAAAUUAGGAUUAUGCAAAAAUUGGGUUUAUGUUACCUAUUUCCUUUUGGUGUCCUAUUUGGGUUUGGACUUGACUUUUUAGGUUGGAUUCCUUGCUUGGUGGAGAGAUUUUGUCAAUCACCUAUUUGAUUAGGAUUUGAAUUUAUUUUCAAUUAGAAUUAGAAUUCUCACUGUAAGCCAAGUCCUAUGCAUUCUAAGUAGGAGCUUAGAGUUGGUUUAUUUUAUGUGUCUUCACCAUUAGUUUAGAGAGUUUUCUCUCGUUGAGUUUUGGGUGGAGGUCACCGUUUAAGGUCAUGAGUGUGGCAAAUUUAUGGCUCAUUCGUUUGGCAAUUACAAUUUGCAAGAAUCUUUUUUGUUUGUUAU